AAAAUAUGAUGAAUUUAUUAAAAAAGAUCGUAAAUUCAAACAAUUAUUAGAUAAGAAAGUUGGUGUGAGUACUGUUAAUGAAUUUGUAAAUGCCAGAAGUAAAGAAAUCAAAGCCAUUAAAGUGGAUAAAGCAAUUAGUAAUGUGGUGAUUUCAUUAACGUCUAUUUAUAAAUCAAAAUCUGAACCUCUAAUAGAUUAUUUGAUUGCAGUUAAGGAUAGAUAUGAAUUUGAAUAUGAUUAG